UCUCUGGCAGGUGGUGUGUGCUUUCAAAUCAGGCAGAAGCUCAACAUAAAAAGGCGAAAUGUAGGCUCUUUUGAGGAAUUGCACUCAUCCGUGGCCAUUUAGCUGUCGCUUUUAGGUUGUUUUUUUGUUUCCCAUGUAUUCCCAAGCUCGCCAAAGUGGUCGUGGGUGAGAAGAACGUCGGGGUUCCCCUCUGGUCAGCGGCGACACAGACUACUGCUCCUUCGUUAUGCAGCUUCUGCAAGAAAAAACACGGAAAAGCCCUACGUGUUGAAGGCGGACGACUCUCGCGGAGCUGCCUGACGUGGACCGCCUUUGACACAGUAUGGUUUGUUGGUGACAUUUUACCCCCCAAGUGGCCGUGCCUUUUGUUUUCGUUCUCGGGCUAUGGAUAUCCGCGAGCACCGACGCACGAGCGGACGUCUUCUCUGCGCUGGAAACGAGGAAGCCUUGUCAUAAAACGGACAGAAAAUGACUAGAAGAUCUCCUCGGACGCGGGCCUGUGUCUCAGUCAAAUAAGAAGAGCGCUUCAAAAAGCCAAAAAAACCCCGGCAUGGUUCCCCUUGUUCGCGUUCCGAGUGACACUAAAAGCGAUGAAGCGGUGGAGGUAGAGCAGCGCCUCCAUUAGUGAAGGCAAGUUUAGAGCCCCUCACGAUGAUCACAAUUACUUUGCAGUUUGACAACUGAUCUUUUUUUUUUCUUCCUUCUACACGGACAGUUAUUUUUGCCUGACUUUUUAGAAGCACCCGCCUUUCACUUUCAGAUUUUUUUUCCCUCUGUGUAUAUACAGUAUAUACAUAUCAUUCUGAUCCGGAUCCAGCCCUGACUGUUCAAUGGAAGUAUGUUACCAGCUGCCGGUAUUGCCUCUAGACAGGCCGGUUCCCAAGCAUGUCCUGAGCCGGAGGGGAGCCAUUAGUUUCAGCUCCAGCUCAUCUCUCUUCGGGGCCCCUGAUCCCAGGCAGCUGUCUCAGAGGCGUGGGGCGAUCUCCUACGACAGCUCAGACCAGACGGCGCUCUAUAUUCGCAUGCUAGGAGAUGUGAGAGUGAGAAGUCAGGUUGGUUUUGAACCGGAACAGAGAAGCCCCCACCCUUACCUGUGCAUCGACUUCCGAACUCUUCAUGCUCGUCUGGGCUGUGGCGCCACUUCAGACAGCUCUGCUCCCGAGAGGAGGGUUCAGAGGCUUCUCAGCUUUCAGAGAUAUCUCCACUCAUCUCGCCUUCUGCGGGGAAUCCCUCAGCAGAUCCCCCUCCACAUUUUAGAUGAAGACUACACUGGACAGGCUCGAUGCAUGUUGGAUAGAGUCGGCAACUGGAAUUUUGACAUUUUCCUGUUUGAUAGGCUGACAAACGGAAACAGCCUCAUUACUUUGACCUUCCACCUACUUAAUCAGUACGGCCUGGUGGAGCUCUUCCAGCUGGACAUGGUCAAACUCUGGAGGUUCCUGGUCAUGGUUCAGGAGGACUACCACAGCGACAACCCCUACCACAAUGCGGUCCAUGCAGCAGAUGUCACCCAGGCCAUGUACUGCUACCUGCGUGAACCCAUGUUAGCUAAAUCUCUGACCUCCUACGACAUACUACUGGGACUGCUGGCGGCGGCCACGCAUGACCUAGACCAUCCAGGGGUCAACCAGCCAUUCCUCAUCAAGACUCACCACUAUCUUGCUACGCUCUAUCAGAAUACCUCAGUUCUUGAGAAUCAUCACUGGAAGUCUGCAGUGGGCCUGCUGAGAGAGACGGGGCUGUUCUCACACCUGCCCGCUGAGGAUAGUUUAAACCUUGAGAGAGAGUUGGGCUCCUUGAUCUUGGCCACAGACAUCAGCAGACAGAAUGACUACCUGUCCCGCUUCCGUCUGCACCUGGACCAGGACAACCUGUGCUUGAGCAACGCCAGUCAUCGCCACUUCAUCCUGCAGAUGGCGCUGAAGUGUGCGGACAUAUGUAACCCCUGCAGACCCUGGGAGCUCAGCAAACUGUGGAGUGAGAAGGUGACGGAGGAGUUUUUCGAGCAAGGAGACAUUGAGAGGAAACACAAACUUGAAGUCAGCCCCCUGUGUGACAGACACUCGAACACCGUCGGCAACAUUCAGAUUGGCUUCAUGACGUACGUGGCGGAGCCGCUCUUCGCAGAAUGGGCCCGUUUCUCAGACACCUGCCUGUCCCAGACCAUGCUGGGUCACAUGGGUCUGAACAAGGCGAGCUGGGACGGCCUCCAACAGGAGCAGGGCGACGCCAACUCUGAAGAGGGCCAGACCUCCAAGAACGGCAACUCCGCUGUUGCAGCCGCAGGAGAAACCAGCUCCAAAGAAAUACCUCAGGGAAGCAGAGUCUCCUGACACUCCACGCUCACACACUGGUCAGGGUGGGGCACCGCUGCCCCCCCUCCCCGCCCCCACCUCUCCGUGCACCUCCCUUCUGUUGCUCUCGCUUCCCAUCUUGAUAAACCACUGAUUUUAUUUAAUUUAUUUAAUUUUAAUUCCUCUUUUGUUGACUUAGAGCAAUACAUAGAUACCUCAUUUGGCUCCUGCUGAGUUUCCUUGUAUUUAUUCGUCCACUCCUGUUUCCGGCGUUAGUGGCUGAACACACCACUCUGUUGUCGUCAGUGAACCUCCAGGAGAAGCAGCAGUGGGAGGGCGGAAGCAGACAUUUCUGGUGUUUUGAAGUGCCAUUCGAAAACAAAGAUUUAAAGUCGUGACUGAGAUGAGUGUUGAGACUUGCUUUCGUGUUGAAGAUUCUUCCUCGUGUAAAAACAAAAAAAAAAUGUGAGAAGCCCAGUCCUUUUGCUGCCUCUUUCAAGACUGUUUACGCAUCUCCUCCAUACCGAAGCGUCAUCCCACUGAAGCCAUGAGCAGAAACUCGCACCUGAUGCCAUAUGAAGCGCCGCUUGUGCGACCAUGUUUUCUUGCACUCCUGAACACAACCAUCUGCAGCUCCACCAGCCCUCGAGGACAGUUGCGAUUCUUCCAGUGGUGCUCGAGCUCGGCCACUUCCCUCUGAGAAAAGCCCUCUGCACAUCCAUCUCAUCCCAAACUUCACGCGACUCGACUCGCUCAGGGUUUCGCCAGCCUCUUUAUCCGUGGAGAGGAGCAGGAAAUGUGACUGUGAGUGACACGACGUUGUGUCUGCGGCGACUGAAGGAGACGCGUGGCGGGAUGUCUCUCACAGCGACCUUGCUCGAUUGAUGCCUUACAACUAUGCACAACUAUGCUAAGUGACCAAACCAACUCCUGUUCCAUCAAGUGCAUGGUGUGCUCGUCUGUCCGGCCCCCUCUUGCCUUUUCGUUGUUGCUGUUGUGAGGAACAACUCCAGCUGUCCCUUUUUUUUUUUUUUUUUU